GUAAAUUCAAAGAUGAUAGUGGUAAUAUUGCUGGACAGAAUUCUGAUGAUAAUGACAACAAUUGCAAUAACAAAGAAAACCUUAAUAAUGGAAAAAUUCUACUUGUUGAAAAAUUUCAAAAAGCAAUAUUGGAUAUUUGUUCUCAAAAUGUUGACAAGAUACUUGAUAUGAUAUUGACAUUGGGUGCUAGAGAAAGAACAUUAUGUUACUUUAAUGCUGAAUGUUUGAAUAAAAAAAUUUAUGAAGCAAUUGAGGCAUUGGAAGCUGAGAAUAUUUAUUCUUCAACCUUAAUUCAUAAAAAUUCUAUCAACUGA